AGUAAUUAUAUAAAUAAUAACAAAAGAAUACAUUUUUUAGAGGAUAAUUUUGGUAUUACUCAACAAUUUUUCUCUUGUAAUGGUAGCGAUAUUAUAAUAACGAGAGGCUUUAACAUUUAAUUAUAAUUUUUAUUCAUUAAUUAAAGAUCAUAAAUUAGAGAUAAAAGUGAGGAAUAGAUAUUACCGAAGGUCAAGAAUUUUAUUUUGAACAUUAUGUAAGAAGUUUCAACGAAUUGCAAGACGAUUCAUACAUGACGCAAUGGUGACGAAUCGCGUUUUUUAGCGAACAGUGGUUGUCACUGUGUAGUAGUCGACGGUGGUUAUCAAUGUGAGAAAUCGUUAUUUGAAAUGGAACUUGGGGUCGACAGUGAAAUUCGAAUUUUUAAUGAGAAAUGCAACGACAGUCGAGAUACGAAAGGUCCUGAAACUUCGCACAAAAUAUAAAAAACCAUAACCUAUGAGGCCACUUGUGCGCAUUCACGCAGAUAUUUUCGGCUGGACAGUGGCAAAGAUAUCGCACGAUCAAAAUGUUGGAAGGACUCGUCGCUUGGGUGCUGAACAAUUAUCUCGGCAAAUACGUCGAGAAUCUAAACACGGAUCAGCUGAGCAUUGCCUUGUUGUCGGGGGAAGUUGAACUGGAAAACUUACCUCUGAAACGUGAAGCUCUGCGUCAUAUUGGGUUGCCGAUGGAAAUCAAGGCUGGUUUUAUCGGUAAAGUUAGAUUGCAAGUGCCAGUCAGACAAAUAAGGACUGCGUCAUGGGUGAUAGGUAUAGAGCAACUUUAUUUAGUGGCGGGACCAAUUAAUUUGGAUGAGUAUGACAAUGAGGCGGAGGAGCAAGCAAUACUAGAUUACAAACUCAGUCGACUGGAUGCUUUAGAAGCUAGAUGGAGAGCUGAUAUAGAGCAUGAUCCUGGUUACUAUGCUUCGAGUUAUAGUUCGUGGCUAAAUUAUGGCACAUCUCUAGUAACAAACAUUAUUGAAAAUUUGCAAUUGAAUAUCAAAGAUGUUCAUAUUAGGUAUGAAGAUGGUGUUACACUACCAGAUGAUGAUGGUAUUGCAUUUGGCAUUACAAUUGAAGCAUUAACUGCUCAAAGUUGUGAUGCCAGCUGGAUACCCAGUUCUACAUCUUGGAAUCUUACGGAUGCGUCAUUUAAGCUAAUGGAACUUGAUAGUCUUUCGGUUUAUUGGAACCAUGUGAAGAAAGAUCAACUUUUUGGUGGUCUUAACUUAGGCGAUCUGGCUAUCGCCAUGAGCAAAAAUAAGAUUCAACAACAUAUCUUAUCGCCCGUGAAUGCAAGAGCACACAUUAAGAGGGAUCGAACCGAACGACCAUUGAGGUCUAUAAAUAAACCGCGUAUCAUAGUAGAUUUACUCUUGGAUGAAGUACCAUUAUCAAUCACAGAUCUUCAAUACGAAGAGAUUGUCAAGUGUAUCAAAGAGCUUGACCGCAUAGAUCGCUGUAAACAGCAGUGGCGUUGUAGGCCAACGCUUCCUGUUCAACAAGCUUGCAAAGAGUGGUGGAAGUAUGCCGCUAGGUGUCAUCUCGGUAGAGACACGCUUAAACCAAAACCGUCCUGGAAAAAUAUACUUCUCAGAGCCAAAGAGAACGUCUGUUACGUUCAAGCAUACACUAAGUUGUUAGGUACAAGCACACCCACCUCGAUCUUAUCUUCUGAAAUUAAAAUAUUGAAGGAAAAAGUUGAGAACGAGCGUAAUUUUGAUGAGCUUCGGGUGUUGAGGGAACUGGCUAUGGAGAAAAUGAGACCUGUAAAGCCACAACAAGAACUUAAUAUGAAGGUGCCACAGGGACGUGGCAUGCUCGAGCAAUGGUUCCCACAAUGGUGGGGUUGGUACUCGAAGACACCUCACAGUAACAAUGGAACGCAAAACGGAAGUAGCUCGACAACUUUUGACGGGGAACUGUUGGACGUUUUAGCGGACACCGUAAAUGAUGACACUCUUCUGCGUCGCGACGCAGUGUUCGGACAAUUUAAUUUUGCUCUGGUGCAAGGCGCAGUAUCAUUGUGCACUGAAAAAGACGGGAGCAACGGCAGGAAAACUGUGAUAGAACUGAAAUUUGAAAGAGUGAAUCUGAGCUACGAUUCACGACCUAGAUCCGGAUCACACAAGUUCUCGAUUAGUUUGGGCGCGUUGUACCUGCAUGAUUUUCUCACGGAGAACUCCACGUUUCCCAUCUUGGUGCAACCUCAAGUUGCGUCUAACGGUAUAUCCUCACGUGUCCGCAAUUCGUCAGAGAAAUUAACAAAAACGCCGCAUCAUUUGUUCGAGCUAAUUUACGAAAAAAGACCACUGCACGUUAAUGUGGAUCAUUUGUUGCAUGUGUACUCGCAAUCCUUGGAUGUUGUGUAUAAUCCAAUUGUGAUUUACUGGCUGAUAGAUUUUAUGUGCAAGCCACAUCGAUCGGUAUCGUCCAAUCAACGAUUCCAGGCGAUGAAGCGUCGCACGAGGAGGCAGUUGAUUAAGAAUUGGGAGCAAAUCUUGGAUGGAGAUUUAGUGUACCGUUCGUCUUGGGAUUUACAAUUUAAGAUCUCUGCGCCACAGAUUUUAUUAGUGGAGAGCUUUGUUGAUGCUAAUGCGGCCGUGGUGAUGGUCGACUUCGGCAAGUUACACUUAUCGAACGACGUGAAUCUGAAUCAGGUGGUACUGAAAACAGAGUCGACGAACAAUAGUGACGAUGAAGACGAGAGAUACGAGACACCUUGCUCCACUCCACCCGGUAGCCAGGAAAACGGUUUCCCACACGAUUUCCAAGGUUUAUCUGAGACCGAGUUACACAAGAAAUUGUACGAUCAGUACUCGAUCGAUUUGGUAGACCUGCAGAUUUUAGUGGGUAAGACAAAAGAUAAUUGGAAGCAUGUACGCACGAGAGGCAUGUCCAGCUUGCACUUUCUCGAACGUUUUAAUAUAUCGUUGCAAGUUGAGCGACGUGUUUUUACCACUUCGGAUCCUAAUUUCCCGUCGGUUACGGUAUCCGGUAACCUGCCAAGACUGGUAGUGCACGUGAACGAACAGAAAGUGGGCGCGAUACGUUUAAUUUAUAAUUUGCUGUCGAGCUUCUCUCACUCUGCUGGCAUCCCGCAAACGGAAGCUGUUAGUGUAGAACCGAAAAGUCCCAGGAAGGAGGAAAAUCUAGAUCGUUCCUUGAGCCAUGCAGUGAUGGUGCAAUUUAUUAUCGAUCAGAUGGCUUUUGAAUUGCAAUCGAGGGGUCGUAGCGUGGCGGAGCUGCAAGUGUCUGGCGUUCGAGCAGCUCUUAGCAAAAGAAUGGCAGAUCUGAGCGUCUCCCUUUCUGUCCACGGUCUGCUUUUAGUUGAUGCUCUUCAGGAAUUCGGGCCAGAUUUCGAAUUGCUUGUGGCUAGCCACAAGCAUGUCGGUAUGGAUAGUGUUUCUGGUAGAUUAAGGGAUUCGGAGCCAACGUCGCCCGUCUCGCCAGAAUCACCCGAGUCACCAGACUCCACAAGACAUCCACGAUUGACUUCUCCCAUCGCCCUGACCAAUGCCUUGUCCACUCUGGUGAACAAACCCAAGACUCCGCUUUCACCCAGGAACAAUUCGUUGAUUGGUCUAGAAAAAUUGGACUCGGAGGCGUUGAUCGUCGUGGAAUUAACGCUAGUAGACGACCUCACGGAAAAUUUAAGAAUGGCAAAUAUACAGUUCAACAAUCUUGACAUCAUAGCCAAUCAGGAGACGAUAGUGGAAUUACUGGGCUUUUUCCGAAGACUUUUACCAUUACAAAAGUCGCGGCGGACAUAUGUCGCGAACCGAGACGAUUCUUUGUCGAGUCAAAGUACAGAAGCGAGAUCAACGUCAACAAGAACUGAAAUCACUUUUGACUUUCAUCGCUUGAACGUGCUACUUUUGCGCGCGGUUAUGCAGGACAAUCAUUUGGUGGGACAGAAGAUCGCCACGGCGACCAUGUCAGAUGCGCGCAUACAGGCGACUUUAGCCGCGAAUACAUCAAUCUCGGGCUCUCUCGGUGGAGUACAGGUUCUCGAUCAAACGCCAACCGGCAAAACUCAUCAGCGGAUAAUUAGUGUGGGUAGGGAUCCUCUGGCAGAUCCGCAGCAUCAUCCACUCGAACAUUUUAGUAGCCUAUCCGAUCAGCCGGAGGCGUUCAAAUUUAUGGCCAAUCGCAACACCAGGCAAGUCAGUGAGGAGGACGGAACAGAAAUCGAUCUUGAUCUAACGAUACGCGUGGCCAGCGUUUGGUAUACUCACGCGCCGCAUCUAAUAUCGGAAUUGCGUUCGUGCGCUGAUGAAUUCAAGCAAUACCUGAGCAAUUUUGCGCGCCAAAUCAGUGCAGCUGCCACCGAUAUGGCGAUUGGUCUGGUAAACGCUGACGAUUGGACUAUUCCACCACGUAAAAGGUUACCGAGUGUCUCGAUCGAUCUGGACAAUACAAGCGCGUUGUCGCUAAGAUUGGACGUGCUUCUGGAAAGCCCGGUGCUUGUGAUUCCACGUUCUUCUCACAGCAAACAGGUAUUUGUCGCCCAUCUCGGUACGAUGUCGCUGCGACACGAGCCUCACUUGGGAUCCAUGGCGAAGCACAAGGUCACGCUGGAGGUGCGCGACAUGAAUCUGUAUUCUCUCGAAGUGUCCGCCAACAUUGGGCAAUCGCAAAGCAAUUUGCCGAGAGCCGAGGAAAUGUACUCGUGCAAAGAGUCUGGCAAGCCAAUAUUACACGACACGACACUGAAGAUUUUGGUCGAGAAGCAGAACACCUUAACGCAGAGCAUGAGUUUUCUGCUCGACGGCGAUUUUACAGGCAAUAGUCCCAUUGUACAGGUGCAUGGCGCCGUGAUAACACCACUGAAGGUAUCAUUGUCGCGUGGCCAGUACGAGCAAUUACUUGACACCACUCACCGGUUGUUCUCCAUGCCUACUGUGACCGGUACGACAGCGGUAUCGGAAUACGACGAUCUUGACGGGAUGUCUGACUACUCGGAGAGACUCGAUCUCUGCGUGAAGGUCUCGUUUGAGCUGCCGAUCCUCAGCGUGGAACUGAAGCAAGCGCACUCGGAGCAGCCACUGGUAGAACUAUCGAUGCGUGAUUUCGUGGUCAAGUACGACAAAUUACAUCGGAACGAGUCCAGCGUGCAGGUCGCACUGCGCUCACUCCUGAUGGAAGAUCUUCUGUGCGCGGUCGGCUCGCGUCAUCGUUGCAUGAUGCAGUCGUCGGCAUCUACGCGCGCGAAACUGCCUACGGGCGCGUCUAAAUCGUGUCCGGAUCUCGCGUUCGCGCGGCAAUAUAAGAAUGCCUUUGGACGCGGCAGUCUGCCGGAUCGGUUGGAGACCUAUGCUUUGUACGACGCCAUUCCACCGCAUUGGCGCAGGAAACCGACGAUAUCAUCGGCCGACACACCGAAUACGCCACCGCCAUCGCCCGGCGGCAUUACCAGUGAAGAGAACUUGGUGCUAAUGAGCAUCACCAUGACAUAUCCGGAAAAGAAUGAUUGCAUCGCGCCGGAAGAUCGAUUCCAUUGCAAAAUGGUAACCGUGGACUUCAAUUGCCUGGACUUAGUGAUAAGCGUGGAGUCGUGGAUGGUGGUGUUUGACUUCUUUGGAAUUGCAGGCCUGUCCGGGUCUGCGAAUGACGAAAUUGCCGCGCAUCGUGCCACGCCGGACAGCGAUAGCACCAACGCGAGCAAAGUAGACGACAAUUUGCCGGUGAGAUCGGAAACGGAGAUAGAAGUGAGAUCGUUGACGCUGGUGCUGACACAGCUGGAGCAUGAGAUAGCUAAGGCCAAUGUAUCCAACGCCAGCAUGCACAUCAUCAAAACAGUGGAUGGCAAGACCAAGGUGUCGGGAUCAUUGGGCUCGAUGUCGUUACUGGACCUGACGCCGCACGGCCGAUUCUACCGCGAGAGAUUCCUCACGUCCGGCAGGAAGGCGCUGAACUUUCAGUACUCGAGCUACGCCGACUGCGACGAUCGGCCUCAUGACGGGCGGCUCAAGUUGGAGAUGUCCGCUGUACAUUACGUUCACACUCAGAGAUUUGUGGCGCAAUUGCAGGCCUUCUUCAGCCACUUCUCGCAACUGUGGAGCAUUAUGCGAAAUCUGCGGGCCGGCGUCGGUGCCGUCAUAGAUACGAAUAGACGUGGUACGCGACUGUCGUUGCAGUUGCACGCCGGCGCGCCGGUGAUACUGCUGCCGGUGAGUUCCAGAUCCGACGAACUGAUUCUUCUAGAUCUAGGAGAGCUCACAGCGCAUAAUAGAUUUGACACGUCAUUACUUGUUCCGGAUUGUUUGCUAGACGUAAUGCUACUUGAGCUGGUCAACAUGGACGUGUACGCUGUGCGUCGACUCAAAUGCGAUUCGAAUCUAAACGAGGACGCGAAUGCCCUGAUGGUGGGUGGCUUUCUCAUUAAGAAGAUGGGCUCCUCGUUACUCACGGAAAAGUGUCACUUGAAAUUACGCAUCGAGCGGAAUCUUGACACUUACAUAAGCCGCGACAUACCUGAUCUCAGCAUACACGGUAUAUUAUCAACGAUGGACUGCGCUCUGGAUCCGGAGCAGUACAUGCUGAUCCGCGGCCUGCUGUCCUACAAUAUCGGCGAAAAUCUGGAUGAUCUACGCCUUCUUGUGCAAGAUUUGAAUCACACAGUGGAAUACGCGAUCCCGACUGUAGACAAUCGUGCAAAGACGUGGACUCGAUCUUGCAUAAUUCUCGAGCUGGUAAACGUAACGGUGAAGCUGCACCCGAGUCACAAUAUUGCGGCGCUCGCAUGCAUCAAUUUUAUCAAGUCCCGGUUAACGCUGGACUCGCUGAGCGACGGUUCGCAGGACAUUGAUUUGGUGUCGCAGGAGAUCUUGAUCAUGGACACGCGUUUUCAGAACGAGCCGAUAGAUCGACAAUGCAACGUGUUCACGCAUAUUUUACAGCCGUUGAGAGACACGGCCAACGUCGAGGCCGUACAGGAGCGUGUCCAAGCGGAAGUGCAUCAUCGGAAGCGUAAAGCUUACGCGGCGACCACCAUUCUACUGCACAGCAUGCGAUUAACCGCCAUCCUGGAUUGGUGGCAAGCCGUGCGAGAUUUCCUGUUGUUGAACUCGCCAGAACCGGAUCCUAUACCCGGCGCCAUGCACAUAUCAAUUGUAAAUCAAGAGGCCGAUGUAGAUACUGCCGCAAUCGCCAUACCGUUUGAACUAAAAAUCAAUAUCACGGACUCUGAGUUGGUCAUCGUCGAAGACACCGCGAUUCUCGACACUAAUGCUGUGAUUCUUAAAACGACUGCCGUCUUGUCGUAUCGUUCGACGCCGCAAGAAGGCGAGAAGCCACUCUCCUGCAAUCUCUCACAUUGUGAAUUAUUCUCAUGCAUCCUAGGUAUGGAAAAUGAGACUGCCCUAUCGAUCAUCGAUCCGGUUGGAGCAAGCUUAGAUCUAACUCAAGACAAGUGUCUGGAAAUUCAACUGCAGCCGUUGCGCGUGAGACUGAGCUACAACGAUGUGACCAUGUUCUCCAGGAUGUUGAAGUCUCUUCCCAAACAAACUCUAUGGGCGAAGCAAAGAUCGAAUGAUGCGCUCAUCGAGAGCGGUCAGACAAUGGACAGACAGGUGCUGAAGCUGAUUACUUUAGGUUUCGCAGAAGCCGAUUGCAGACACGCAUUAGACCAAUGUGAUGGUCAGCUGGACGAUGCCGCUCUAUGGCUGACACAAAAUGCGGUGCCGACAAGUGUCGAAACGGUCGCAACGAACGACGAUUCGGUUUUUCAAGGUAUAGAAUUGCAGGUAGCCUGCAUGCGAAUCUGUAUCAUCGAUGACUGUCGCGACGCUGACGUGCCACUUCUAGAAAUCACCUUGGGAGACUUUAACUUGCGGAAAUUUAGUCAACAGCCUGGCUCAUUAUCCGCCACUAUCGGCGUGGACUAUUACAAUAGAGUAUUAAGCGGUUGGGAACCAUUCAUCGAACCUUGGCGAGCGAAUAUUGAUUGGGAACAGAUGGUUACCAGUUCGUUGGAUCCGAAGAGAUUACAUGUGUCCAUCAACUCCUACGAUUCUGUGAACGUUAAUGUCACGUUGACGUUAGUGGAACUCGUGCAACUAGUCAAACACAACUGGACGCAGGAUUAUUAUUUUUCUAAUGGAAACGCUAUCGCCGGUAAAUCAACGAUGAAGGGACAAGUGUAUCGGCGUCGAUCACCAUUUAUACCUUUUGCCUUAAAGAAUGAUACUGGCUGUCGACUUUGGUUUAAAACAUUUAUUGCCACUACGGAUGAGACGAUAGACGACAGCAAAGCGUCAUCUCAAACGAAAAACAUCCUAGACAAAGAUGACACAUGGAUAGAAGUGAUUCCGGGAAACACCACACCAUUUACGUUCGAAGUGAGAGCCAAGUUGAGACAUCACGCGACACAUAUUGUCAGAAGGCAUCAGAUUGCGGUUCUGGUCGAGGGAUGGAAGCCAGUGGAUCCUGUGACCGUCGAUCGCGUAGGCAUUUAUUUCCGAUAUGCAAAUGCCGAUAUUUCAGGAUUUCAGUUUCAGUCGAUUACAUCGAAAGCUAGACUAGUGUUUGCUGUAGAACUUGAAGGAUCCGCCAGGAAGCUAGUUACAAUUAGAUCAGCCCUUCAGGUGUCCAACAAACUAGCUCACUCGAUUGAAAUCAAAAUGGAGAAAUCAUUAAACCAACUUGGAUACUUACCGCUGUCCUCAACUAGUACUGGAAGAAUUCUGCAAGUACCGGCGCAAUCGGUGGUGUCUGUACCUUUGACGCAUACCGGGGUACAGAUGUGCUUUAAACCGCUCAUCUCGAACUAUUUAUUUCAAUAUUGUAUGGAAUCGGUGGACUGGACAAUAGUUAAGAAACCAUUAGAAGUAUCAGAAAACUUUGUCACUUGUCGGACAAAUCAGAACAACUUAUUCAGGAUGUGCGUGGCCGUAAGACGAAGUAAUUAUCCACCUGACGGUAUGCAAGUAUUACCAGCGCAUAUGAUUACAGUAAUGGCACCCAUAACGUUGACGAACUUAUUGCCAUAUGAAUUGACAUACGAGGCAGGAAUGGAAGGCGGUAGAAUUGCGCCUGGUUGCAAUGCGGAUUUGCAUUGUGCGAAUUUGAACGAGCAACUGGAAAUUAUGAUUCAAUUGGAUGGUUAUCCAGGAUACGGAGUAAUAAUACUGCCACCGAACAGCAAUUCUUUUACUGCUCGCCUCAAAUUAUUGGAUUCCGCUAGCAGAAUGCUCUAUCUACAGGCGGCUGUAGUCGUGGAAAAAGGUGCAGCUAUGCAAAUCAACAUCGCCGCUCCUUAUUGGAUUAUAAACAAGACCGGUUUACCGUUAGUGUUCCGACAAGAGGGAGUCGGCAUCGAGGCGGCUGGACAAUUCGAGGAGCACGAAAGAGCGAGGAUGGUAGCGCCGUUGCUAUUCUCGUUCAGCGAUGAGGAGGCCAGUAGAACUUUGUCAGUCAGAAUCGGAACGGAAGUUCAUCCCCAUGGAAUACCACAGUGGUCUCAGUAUUUUCAUUUGCAGCCUGGAAUUCACGUUCAUCGUUUAAGAAUUAGUCUACGCGAUGGCAGACCCGAUAUAGUUUACUUGAUUAGCGUGGCCACUCGUGCAGCAAGAGGAAGAUACCGAGCCACUACAGUGGUUACAUUAUCACCAAGAUAUCAGUUGCACAAUAAAUCAUCUUAUACGUUGGAACUGGCUCAGAAAUGUUUUACAACGACUAUCUCCCAUCCAGAUGCUCAGGCAACAUAUAUAACAACUAUGCCCGAUUGCCAUAUGCCUUUUCAUUGGCCACGACUGGAUAAAGAUUUAUUGCUCUGCGUCAGGAUCACUAACGUUUCGGAUUGUAUGUGGUCAGGCGGUAUCAGAUUGGAUGACAAUUAUUCAUUGACCGUUAACGUCAGAGAUAUAACAGGAAAAAUGCAUUUUCUACGAGUAGACGUAGUGUUGCAAGAAACCACCUUCUUCAUUGUAUUCACUGACGCCGAUACUAUGCCACCACCUAUAAGAGUAGAUAAUUUCUCGGAAGUUCCUUUGCUCGUUAAUCAGAUCGGAGUUCCCGAUAAUCUGCAAUGGACCGUGAGAUCUCAUUCAUCGGUACCAUAUGCUCUAGACGAACCAAUAAAAACUGCUGGUCUAGUACUGACAGCACCUGGAGGCGUGACAGCUUCUUACGACUUAAAUAUAUUAGGAGAGGGUAGAGGACUGACUUACGAAAAUUUUAUUUAUAUCGCGUUUACAGGCACCUUUAAAACCGAUUCUGAUCUCGGAACAGGUGAGAGUAAUUUAGAUCCAUUAGAUGUAGAAACUCAGAGAUUGGUCUUAGAAGCUGGUUCUGGUGGUUGGGUUGCUCUUCGGAGAAAACAAUAUGGUGAUAGAUCGCAGCUUUGGAGAAUGACUGGUGAUGGACAAUUACAACAUGAAGGUUCUAGCCCACCAAGAGACAAACAUUCGAAAGUUCCGGACACGAUAUUCGUUUUGGAUAUAGCAGGUACUGCACCGCAACCGUUUACCUAUUGUUCUCUCGCCCUGAGAAAGCCAGACCCCCGGCGACGUUCGACGCAGACUUGGCGGUUCACUGAUGACGGACGUCUAUGCUGCGCGCAUAAGAAUAUGUGUGUUCAAUCAAAAGAUGGCUUUAUGGGAUUAUAUGAAGGCGGCAGUGUCGCCCGUUGGCAAAUGUGGAGCGAAGCUGUACUGGGUCCUCAGACACAUAGCAAUCCACCGCCGAUUGAACAACGUGUGGGUAGACAAAAGUUGAGGCCGGGUUCAGGAUUCUUAUCGAUUAGAGUGACUACUGACGGUCCAACUCGGGUUCUACAAGUUUUGGAUAUCAAGGAAAGGAAGAAGACAUUUGCCUUACUUGAGGAACGCGAUUGGUCGCAUAUCGCCGUAAGUCAUCGGCCCACUCAGAUCGACGCUGACAUUAAAAAAAUGGAUUCUAGCGAGUUAAAUUUAGAACUAAAAUUACCAACUGGUCUUGGAUUAUCCAUUGUAUCGCAAAGACCGGUAGAAGAAUUGUUGUUUGCACGAUUCGCUGCAAUCUCCUUAGAUUUAGUGCAGACUCCAUUGAAUACCACAUUGAAUCUGAGUGUGGCUGACGUGCAAAUUGACAAUCAACUGUUUGAAGCGCAAUGCACUUCAGUUUUAUUCGUAUCACGGUCUUCCCGUAUGGAAGAUGAGUCACGACCUGCUCUUCAUUUAGCGGUGGAGAAAUUACAAUCAAAGAAUCAAAAUGCGGAGAUAUAUAAACAUGCCAUAGUGAGUGUCAAACCUCUGUGCGUACACUUAGAAGAGAAAUUUAUCUUGAAACUGGCAGCAUUUCUCGGAAUUGGCAAGUCGGAGUUGGAAGUACCCGUUGAUGAGAAUGAUUUCAAGGCACAAAGAUUUAUUUCCGAAGUAUCUGCUGCACAUGCUAAAAGAUAUUACUUUGGCGCUCUGAAACUCGUUCCUAAUCAAGUAAAACUCAGCGUUCUUACUACAAUGAAAUUGUCACAUCAUUUACAGGCUGUAAAGCGAAAAUUGGGAUUGACUCUAAUUAAUUUUGAGAAUGCCACAAUCGAGUUGGAACCAUUUGUUAAGAAACAUCCUUUUGAAAGCAGCCAAUUCUUAAUACAUUCCAUCAUAAAGCACUAUAAAGAUGAAUUGAAAUGGCAAGCUGCAGUAAUUCUAGGUUCUGUGGAUUUCUUAGGAAAUCCUCUUGGAUUCAUGAAUGAUGUCACGGAAGGUGUUUCUGGUCUUAUCUACGAAGGCAGCGUGAAAAGUCUAGUGAAAAAUGUUACACACGGUAUUUCGAAUUCGGCAGCAAAAGUGACAGAAUCUCUGUCAGACGGUUUAGGAAGAGUUAUUAUGGACGAAAGGCAUGAAGAAGCCAGGCAGAGAAUCCGAGCUAACACGACAGGUAGCAGCGAUCACUUGGUAGCUGGGUUAAAGGGUUUCGGUUUUGGUCUUCUUGGUGGUGUCACCAGCAUAUUCAAACAGACAUACGACGGUGCAACCAACGAAGGUUUUCCAGGAUUUUUCGCUGGUUUUGGAAGAGGAGUAGUAGGUACGAUAACGAAACCUGUUGUUGGUGUCCUAGAUCUGGCAACGGAGGCAGCUAGUGCUGUACGAGAGACAAGUAGAAGCGCUCAUCGUGCAAUACCAAAGCGCGAUCGACCGCCGCGUGUCGUCAGCGGUUCUACCGGAUUACUACCACCAUACAAUCGUCAGCAGGCUGAGGGUCAGGAGUUCCUGUACAGCAUUAAUAAUCGCGACUAUUCUGAACUUUUUGUCGCCUAUGAGUGUUUGUGCAGUGGCUCGGAAAAUCUUAAAGUAUUAGUGUCCAAUGAGAGAGUACGCGUUAUCUCUGGUGGCACGAAAGCGGUAGUAACUCAAGUCAGUCUGGCAGAUCUCCUGCGUUGCCAGCCGAUGCAGAAGGUCCAAAGCAACAAUGUCAUUUUGCACUACAUAGAAUUGAUAUCCAGAUUCGAUUCAUCGGCCGCGGUCAAUCUAGACGGAUUAGCCGAAUUGUUGAGACGGCCGAAGGUACGCUGCGAUAACGAAGAGGUAGCAAAGCGAGUGUCGCAACAAAUCAAUUAUGCCAAAGGUAUGCACGAAGAACGAAAUUUGACGUUGUCAUCGUCGGAUAACAUGCUAGACGACGUACAACAUUACAAGUAAUCAACUGUGCGACUAGAAUUCGAUCUUAUUUCUGGACGCGUUUCCUGAACGUAUUCUCUUCUAGUCAAAUUUUUAACUUUAUCUCGUAGAAUGCACGAGAAUCGGUAAUGCCUUAGUUACGACGCUUAAUAUUAAGUUUACUAAGAAGACUGAUAUGGAUUAUCGUAAAAGUAACUUUGCUCGUCAAUGUACGAGACAUAAAUCGUUCGAACGUAAUCGAAUUUUAAUUUUGCGUCUUGCAACUGUGGCUUAGGUAGCACAGAAACUUUUGAUACGGAUUAAUAAUGUAAAAACGUAAAGUAGUCAUAGAGUCGAGAGAUUUUUUUAAUGAUGUACAUAUUGCAUGUACAUAUGCUAAUUCUAUGCGAUGCAGGAUGAUCCAGAAUCACUGUUCUCUCGCUGAGACUGUCUUUGCACCGAUCUUUGGUGAAAGAUGGGACAUUUUUUAUCUCUGUUUUAUUUAAUAAAUAGUCUGUUCUUUCCCUUUUUCUUUCUAUGUUGGAGAGAAAAAAAGAAAAGAUAAACCAUGCAAGUUUGUGAGCUAAAAAGAACAGAUCUCAAAAGUACGUAUUGUCAUCAAAGUUACGUAUUUUAUUAUGUUUCAAGAAUUUUAACUGCUUGUAACUCAAGGUUGAUUUUUCUCUACAAUUUUGAUUUGACAUUUAUAACUAGAAACACGUGGUGAUUUUGGAACACGCUGUAUUUUUGUACAUACGUGUAACAAAGUUUAUCUUAUCAUGAAUUACUUAUUCACAAAGGGAUGACCUACUUAAUGCAAUACUUAGAAAUAAUCGAACCAAAGCUCUUAGCAUACAUGUACUGAGUACAAAUAUGUAGUAUAUGUUUAUUUUUACACACAUCACACACACACACGCGCGCGUUUUCAGUAGCACAUUGUUUUCAUGUAGCCACUCACACGUUUUGUUUUGUAAUGCCUUAAAUGGGCUACUUUGUACAGAACUCUUGUGUAUAUGUACGAAUAUGGCAUAUAAACUGUACAUAUAGAUUAUAAGUCAGCUCUAUUUAAAUACUUUUGUAAAGCUGGCGUACGAGAUGCGUGGAUAAUAUACGUUUGUAAUAUAUAUUAUGUUGAUACUUGCUAAGAUUAAUAAAUGUUACAAGUAUAACAGAA